AUGAGUGGCACGUUCGUUUUUCGGCGAGUAAGGCUCAGCGACGGGGACGACGAGAACGCCAUGACGCUGUUAAACGCCGCCCACACCCGAUUGAAAAAUAAGGAAAUUACCAAGGCUCGCGAACUCUUUAAGAAGGCGUAUGACAUGGUCAUGACAGAGACGCAGACCGCCCGUGAGCUGCUAGGGUUUUCAAAGGAAAAUAAGGUUACAAAAGAGAGGUGGGAACAUCUGAAUUGUGAGGGGUGCUAUAACGUUAGUCCCCAGGCACUUUGUGGCCUUGCCAUGUGUGCCAUGGUUUCAAGUGACAUCGCAGAGGCGCGGCGCAUCGUCCACCAGGUAUGUCAGAGGUUUCCUUUUGCGACACAGGAUCUACGUGAUGUGGCAGAGGCGGUGGUUUGCAUCGAGUUACUGAUUAUUGCUGAUUUUAACGUGCAAAGAGGAGAAUUACAUCUCGCUGCUUACGUACGACGACCUCACACACGACCCUGGCGCGUUAUACCACCAGCAUCUCAAGCUGGCUGUGGCACAUUUUGUGGAAAAACGUCACCACAAGGGUAUUGA